AGGUAGGUAGCGUGGACACCCUGCUGCCAGCUCCAGAUCUGCGACCGAGCGCGUGACGUCUCAAAUAUUUGUUGUUGGGAGGUCUGGGCUUCAUUAAUUAUUCAUUAGGUACUUUUAAAGGCUUCCCCGAUUGGUGGCUGAGAGGCCUGGUCCAGUGUGUCUUAUCGAGAGAUACGUGUCACUGUCUACUAGACCAAAGAAGCUCUAUAUAAAUUAUUCCAAUAAGGAUGGGGCGUGGCUACGCAUAGAUUAGUCAAAUGAGCCGGGAGGGCAGCCGGCUGCGAAUUAGCCUAAGUUAUUAAAGAUGGCGGCGGAGCGAAGUCGCUCCCCGAUGGACUCGCCGGUGCCGGCCUCUAUGUUCGCCCCGGAGCCCAGCUCCCCCGGGGCUGCCAGGGCCGCGGCAGCCGCCGCCCGACUCCACGAUGGCUUCGACUCGGACUGCAGCGAGGACUGCGAGGCGCUCAACGGUGAGCCAGAACUGGACCUCACUAGCAAGCUGGUUCUAGUGAGCCCUACAUCAGAGCAGUAUGACAGCCUACUUCGGCAGAUGUGGGAGAGGAUGGACGAGGGAUGCGGAGAGACCAUAUAUGUCAUUGGGCAGGGAUCAGACGGGACUGAGUACGGGCUGAGCGAAGCUGAUAUGGAGGCUUCCUACGCCACAGUGAAGAGCAUGGCGGAACAGAUAGAGGCUGAUGUCAUCCUGCUGAGGGAGCGCCAAGAAGCCGGUGGCCGUGUGCGUGAUUACCUGGUUCGAAAACGAGUAGGAGACAAUGACUUCCUGGAGGUCAGGGUAGCGGUUGUGGGCAAUGUGGAUGCUGGCAAAAGCACACUUCUGGGAGUCCUGACGCAUGGGGAGCUGGACAAUGGCCGUGGCUUUGCUCGCCAGAAGCUCUUCCGCCACAAGCAUGAGAUUGAAUCUGGUCGUACCAGCAGCGUAGGCAAUGACAUCCUGGGCUUCGACAGUGAAGGCAAUGUGGUAAACAAGCCUGAUAGCCAUGGUGGGAGCCUGGAGUGGACAAAGAUCUGUGAGAAGUCCACGAAGGUGAUUACCUUCAUCGACCUGGCUGGCCACGAGAAGUACCUGAAGACCACUGUCUUUGGCAUGACAGGCCACCUGCCUGACUUCUGCAUGCUCAUGGUGGGUAGCAAUGCUGGUAUCGUGGGGAUGACCAAGGAGCACCUGGGCUUGGCAUUGGCGCUCAAUGUACCAGUCUUUGUGGUGGUCACCAAGAUUGACAUGUGUCCUGCCAACAUCCUGCAAGAAACACUGAAGCUGUUACAGCGCCUGCUGAAGUCUCCAGGCUGCCGAAAAAUCCCCGUGCUGGUGCAGAACAAAGACGAUGUGAUUGUUACAGCCUCCAACUUCAGUUCUGAGAGGAUGUGCCCCAUAUUCCAGAUCUCUAACGUUACAGGCGAGAACCUAGAUCUGCUGAAGAUGUUCCUCAAUCUCCUGUCCCCCCGCACCAGCUACAGGGAGGAAGAGCCUGCCGAGUUCCAGAUUGAUGAUACCUACUCUGUCCCUGGUGUGGGGACAGUGGUGUCAGGAACAACACUGCGGGGCUUGAUCAAGCUGAAUGACACACUGCUCCUGGGCCCGGAUCCCUUAGGGAACUUCCUAUCUAUUGCUGUCAAGUCCAUUCAUCGCAAGCGCAUGCCUGUCAAGGAGGUGCGUGGGGGCCAGACGGCCUCCUUUGCACUGAAGAAGAUCAAGCGCUCAUCCAUCCGGAAGGGCAUGGUGAUGGUUUCCCCUCGUUUGAAUCCCCAAGCAUCCUGGGAAUUUGAGGCUGAGAUUCUUGUCCUCCACCACCCCACCACGAUUAGCCCACGCUACCAGGCCAUGGUGCACUGUGGGAGCAUCAGGCAGACGGCCACCAUUCUGAGCAUGGACAAGGACUGUCUGCGUACUGGGGACAAGGCCACUGUCCACUUCCGCUUCAUCAAGACUCCUGAGUAUCUGCACAUAGACCAGCGGCUGGUGUUCCGAGAAGGCCGCACCAAAGCUGUCGGCACCAUCACCAAGCUGCUCCAGACCACCAACAACUCCCCGAUGAACUCCAAGCCCCAGCAGAUUAAAAUGCAGUCAACGAAAAAAGGUCCACUGUCCAAACGAGAAGAGGGGGGACCAUCUGGUGGGCCGGCAGCAGGGGCAGCCCCUCCUGGGGAUGAAGCCUCAUCUCUAGGUGCUGGGCAGUCAAGUGUGCCUAGUGGUCUGCAGCCCCAGUCCAAGCCCAGCAGUGGGGGCCGACGACGAGGGGGCCAACGCCACAAGGUGAAGUCCCAGGGGGCCUGUGUGACUCCUGCCAGCGGCUGUUGAAUCUUCCCGGCUCAGCGCCCCACCCAGGGUCACACUCUGGCCGCCACCCACCAGCGGGCCAGCGGCGCUUCCUGCGCCCACCCACUCCCAGGCCACAGCCAGAGCCUCUCCGUUGUCCACCCCCGUUUUCCAGGGGGGCUGUAAUUUAUAAAUGAGGAAGGCGGCCAGGCUUUGUGAGGACUGUCUCCUGCCCUCUUCCCCGCCUCCUUCCUCACUCACACAUCUUUUGUACAUCUGGGUCCUUAGUUUUUAUCCUUUUUAUUAUAUAUCUCUCUCUGUUCAGCGUGCUGUGUGUGUGCAAGGCCCAGGAGUGUGGCGGCGGCCAGGGCCAUGUCCUUCCCUCCUCUGUGGCUGGCCUUCCCAGCCGUCCAUCUGUCUGUCAAUGUGUCUGUCUUGAUGAAACCCUCAGAGGCUGUAGAGGUUAUCAGGAGCUGAAGGAGGCCAGCUUCCUUUCUCACUGCUCCUCUACCACUGUAGGGCUGGCUUGGGCUUCUCUGGGUGUCUGGGAUUCCGUGCCUGCUGCUGCCAGGGCAGGGAACCGAGUCCAGUACUUGGGGGUUUUAACAGGGUGGAGCCGCUGGCUUCUCCGUGUCUCUCCCACCUCUUCCCCUUAUUCCUUCACACGGGUGAUGCUCAGAGCUCCUCAGUAGUAACUGUGAGUGCAGGAGUAGCGCUUGUGCCGUAGGAUUCAUCCCACCUGGCCGGGCCCUGCACCCCGAGCCAGGGCACCUGCUGGGCCUCCCCUGGAGACAAUCCUGUGUUUUCCUGGGCUGGCCCUGGCUCUUGCCAGCGCUGCCCAUCUGCCCAACUUUGAGGCCAGUUCCUUGCUGCCGCCUCCUGCUGCUGGGACCUUGGCCUUUUCUUGGGCCUCAGGGCAUUGGAUUGCUAGAUUGGGCCUGGGCUGCUUGGAACUGGGUUUUCUAGCAGCUCCAAGUUGGUAGGUAGGGAAGGGCCCUUCUUGGCGACUGCCUCCUUGUAUCCACCUUAGCCCAGCUGCUGCAGGAGCAGUCAGGUCCUCGCACAGGUCUGGAGGCCCCACUGGGUGUGGCAGGGCCCUUGAGGCGAGGCCUAGUGCGGAACACUUAGCACUGAGAAGCAGCGCUGCCUGGGGCGGGGCAGGGUGGCCCCGGCUGUCCUGGACUGGGCACUGCCCUGAAGCCCUCCCUUUAGGGUGACUAGCGGGCACAAUUUCCUUCUCUAGCCACGGCAGACACCCAGCUGGCUGGGUCCUUCAGCCUCGCCUCCUUCCCAUCUCCACCCCCCUCCUGUCCUCUGCUCCUGACUGCUGGUCCCUUCCCCUCCUUUCAACUGUUUCUAGUUACCACUGCCCCACGGCCAUGGACUGACCAGACCAGCAUUCACAAUAAAAGUUUGUUCUAAGUG